GUCCUUCGGCGCGCUGAGCGUACCCACCACAGAAGGCCGCGGCGGCGGUUGCUGCUCAAAGGCGUGACUUGGAAGGCUGCGCACCUUUCCAAAAAAAAAAAAAAAAAAAAGAAAAAAAAAAAAAUGGCCCUCAAUGCAGAGGAUGAAGACCUUGAGUGGGAGCCUCCUUCGGAGGCAGAGAUGAAGGUUCUGCAGGCCCGGAGGGAGCGCCAGGAUAAGAUCAGCAAGCUGAUGGGAGACUAUCUACUGAAGGGUUACAAGAUGCUUGGGGAGUGCUGCGAGCGCUGUGAGACAAUUCUUCUUCAGGACAGACAGAAGAAGAACUAUUGUGUGGCAUGCCAAGAGCUGGAUUCAGACGUUGACAAGGACAACCCCGCUCUCAAUGCCCAGGCCGCCCUGUCGCAGGUUAGGGAAAGACAACUGGCUACUCAGGCCCCCCUACAGGUCAAUGGGGCCCCAUCCAGCAGUCCCUCCCUCUCUGCUCCUGGCCUGCCGCGACCGGAGCACUGCGAGGGUGCCGCCUCCGCAAUGCGAGGACCGCCUCUCGUGCAGUCGUCCCCCCCCACCUCUGUCUCUGGGGCUUCCGCCAGCCAUGUUGCAGCGUCCCUCAACUCCAGUCAGCCGACCCAGAGCCCAUCCGUUGGAGCGUGCCAAACGCGACAUCCUGCCGUCUGUGCUGAGGAGGCUUUGUUGCAGAAGCUGCGGUGGGCAACCCAGGAGCUGCAGCAGUGCACCUCGGUGGAAGGCAGCAUUCAGCUCUGUGGCCUCAUACGUAGCUGCGCAGAUUCCCUGCGCAGUCUGAAAGAAUUACAGCUCUUAUGAGACUCUUUUCUUUAGAGUGCUGCAAUAUUGCAAAGUGAUGUCAUCAUGACAUCAUCAUGCCUGUAUGGCCCAUAUGCCACAGUGCUGGAAAAGGAAACGUCCUGGUAAAAACAUUAAUUCCCCAAGCCAAUCCUGUCCUGUGUUUUUGUCUAUUUCUGAUGCCUUGGGUUUGAGGGUUUGGCUGCCGUUGUUUGUGUUGAACUGCUGCUCAAUGUACACCCAGCUUUUAGGCUUGGAAAUGUGACAGUGAGGACUACGGUAUUUGGAGGGACUCUGACUGACUUGCCGAAUGUGUAACGAUGAUAGUCUUUACCGCGUAAGAAUGAUGAAAUGGAAAGUUGAAAAAAUAAGAAGCAGGUUUAUACUUAAAUUUAAGGGCUGCAUAUGGACAAAUAAAGGAAGUAGGCAACUGAAUAUAUUAUAAUGCAUAAAGCACGACACCAAGUUGAAGGGAUUGAUGUUGCUAGAAAGACACUCUCCGCAGUCUUUUAAAAUCUCUCUGCAGGUGAAAAGUGAAGACUACACGUCCUAGUCUGUGACAGAGUUCGGAAUAAACACUGAGUGCGAACAGACAUGUACUGCAGUGACCCCUUAAUAAGGUUACGGCACCGUUUGCAGUUUCCGUUAUG